GCAGACGGAAGCUCUCACUGGAUCAGUGUGCAUAUUAAGUCAAAUGCUGAUCUUUGUCCAAGAUGAUAUAGAUGGCCUUCUAGAUUCCUCGGCUUACCCGAAUUCCGUGAUUGACUUUCAUUGGCAUCCUCGCUACCAUCCUCAUCCUCACUCCUCCUGAUUUGUACGACAUCCAGCAUGGCACGGCUAAAGACCGCGUAUUCCGCCUCAGUCGUGUCCGAUGUCAUUCCCAAUGAUGUUGAUUCAUCGCACUUGACCUCUGCCGACACUGCGUCGUCGUCACGACCGACGCGCUCGCCGACGCGCAAGCGAUUAAGCUAUAUUCCACCCUCAGAACAGGUUUUCGAGGUCAGCAGGAUUCUCGCUCGUUCUCUGCAUACCUCGAAGUGCGCAGAUGGGACAAGACAACAUCACUAUCUCGUCAAGUGGGAAGGAUAUGGUCCAGGAAGCGACAGCUGGGAACCGAGAAGCAACCUUGUGCCAGGUGCAAACGCAUUUUUGACAGCAUAUGACUCGAAAGAGCAACAAUUUGUCAUUCUUCAGUCUCGGAAAGGAAAAUCGUGCUCCUAUUUGGUCAGAUAUGGUUGCAUACAGGUCGGGCUUCAACGUCUAGAGCCUUCUCCACUGUAUGAAGAGGAGUGGCAGACACGAGAUCAGAUGAUGGAGAUCGGCCAGCUCUCUGAAUGGACUAUAGACCUGGCGAUACAAGCGUUUCAUGGCAAGAAUUUUGAUCCAGUCAUCGCGCGGGCUACCUCUUCGGCUGCACGCAAUCAGACACCUGCCCUCAAGGUUGUCGAAAGCGUGUCCCUGAAAACGAGACGGAAGGUCCGACAUCCCAUGGACCUGUUCAAAGUGAGAUGGACACAAAAGCAAAACCUUUGUGAAGCCUGGUAUUCUAGGUAUCAGCUCAGCCGCCGCUUUCAGGCUCAGGAUCUGAAAGAUGCCAUACAGAAAUACAGGGAGGAAUCACAGACUUUGCCGCCUGUGGAGCCGUCUACGCCAGGAUCGGAGUAUGAAUCAGAGAGACAGAAGAAUAUUGAGCAGAACAAAGACCUGCUCAAGGAGCUGGGGCUAUCUGAGGGCUGAGCAGGGCGGACACGACGGGAGGGAGGUGGUUGGAGGGGUGUGCCACAGUGCCACUCUUUAUUCGGAUAUUAUCGGCAUUUUCAUCUGUCACGAACCUGUGUCAUACAAUCAUGUAAAAUAUUUGAUUCCGUCCCCUCCCCCAUCUGUCUCCUUUUUUUC